UUUCUGUUAUAACAUCUCUUGUCAUUGCAUUGAGGUUUGAGUAUUGAGAGCAUUUCAAAACGCCAUGGCUAACCCAAUUCCAAUUCGUCCAUGGUCUCGCUUGGCCUCUCUAAGAUCUUCUCCUGCUCCAGAGUCACAUCCUAAACCUCACAAUGCAGAACCUUCUCUCAAAACAACAAACAUUUUUUCUAAUGACAACAAUGAAAGUGCCUCCAAAUCUCUAUCACCAACACCACCAGAUGUUCACAUCCCAAUUCAACAAAACCUCAAACCCACUACCCCCAUCACCUUUCCACCUACCAAACUGAAGGCUCAGGCUCAGCUUCAGACUAAGAUAUCUGAAGAAGAAGGGAACAUUGAAAAGCCUAAUGGAAAUGGCAAUGGCAUCGGCCAAAAAAAUGAAAAAGAGAUGACAACCACAGAAAACGAAUUAAAGAAAGAGAAAGGUAUUCAGACAAAGAUUUCGGGUUCUGGGGGCCAAUAUGGCAUAAGGGUCAUAACAAUUUCAGGGGAAAAUAAAGGUGCAUGCAUGCAAAUAACCAAAUCCCAUAAGAAAUCCUAUCCCAAAAUGAGAUCUAUGUAUGCUAACAGCAAUGUGCAGUGCGUGAACAACUCAAUGGUGUUGCACAGUAGUUUAACACACCAUGAUCCAGGAGUGUACCUUGUUAUCCCAAAAAAGCCAUUAGGCCAAGGAUUCCACCUCAAGGAACGUGAUGGUAGUGGUCAACGCAAUUGAUUUCAUUAAGGUGGCAUUUUAAGUAAUUUGCUAGACCUAUAACCCCAUUUGGUGGUAGUGAUUUAAGUUCUUUUUUCA